AUGCUUGAUGCAGUUCACGGAAACCGACCUGAAUGUCGCUCAGCGCUGAUCUCACGCCAACUGUCAAGGUUAAAUGUCGACAUUGCUGCCCUUAGCGAGGUCCGUAUCCAGGCGAAGGCAGCCUCCACGAGUAUGGCGCUGGAUACACCUUCUUCUGUUCAGGGAAACCUGCAACAGAGGGGUGUCUUUCAAGCGUCGGCUUCUUGGUCAGCCCCUCCAUUGCCGCCAGGAAGAACAAAGACUGGUUCGAUGAGAAACCAUGAGAUUCAGGAACUGCUGGCGAAGAAGAGAUCAGCCCACCAGGCCCAGCCGUCAUGUUCUGUGAGGAGGGCUGCCGGUGGACAGGUACUUUUCAUAGACAAGGCCUCCAUCCUGAGCUGUUGGUCUGAGUGCUUCCAGGCCCUCUUCAACGCUGACCGAGUCAUCCAGGACCCAGCAGUUUUCCGCAUCCUCCAUCAACCAGUCAAGAGAGAAAUAAACGAACUACUCUCUGUGGAAGAAGUUACCAAUGCCAUAGAGCAGUUGAGGAGUGGUAAAGCAGCGGGAGUCAACGGGAUUCCACCAGAAAUCUGGAAAGAUGGAGGACCGGCAUUACACAGCACGGUCCACGAAUUCCUUGUCUGUUGUUGGGAGCAGAGCAGACUUCCAAGUGACCUCAACGAUGCAGUCACAGAAGACCUUAACGAUGACGAUACUGUGCACAUCCGCUACCGCCUAGAUAGCAGUCUGUUUAAUCUCAGGAGACUGCAGGCCCACACAGAAACACUUGAGCAGCUGUCCCGUGACCUCCUCUUCGCUGACGACGCUGCCCUCGUCGCCCACACCGAAAGAGCCCUGCAGUUCCUAACAUCCUGCUUUGCAGAGGCUGUCCAGCUCUUCGGACUCGAGAUCAGCUUGAAGAAGAUGGAGGUUCUUCACCAGCCUGAAACCCGAGAAGAAUAUCGCCAUCCCCACAUCACCAUCGUUUGUCACGUACAAAACAGAAAGAAUCGCACAUCAAAAAGAGUCUCUUUCUUUCUUUCUCUCUCUCUCUCUCUCUCUCUCUCUCUCUUAGCUGUCGUAUCUACCUUAAAGGCCAAAGUCAUUUCUGUCUUUGUUCCUCUUUCACUACACGCCUUCUAA